GAGGUGGGGAGAGUGGGAGGAGGAGAGCAGCCGAGCGACCAUUUAAAGCGAUAGCAAACCCUUACCUUUCCCCAGUGCUGUGCCGCUGGAGAUCGCGGCAGAGAGGGCGGACGGCAGGAGACGGACCUUCCCACCCCAUCCCCUCCCCACCCCACACACCCGCAGGGAACCUUCCCCCUCCUUUGCCCAUGAAGGCGCAGGGGUGCCCCGCUGGCCGCGCCAGGGCGUCUGGCCAUCGCCCGAGCAGCGGCAGCACCAUGAUCCGGCUGGGGAGACUCUUCCAUCUCCUGACUUUGAUCAAGUUGCCCUGCUGCCUGCUGGAGUUUCUCCUCUCUGCGGUGGCUCACGGGCAGGAGAUGUACGCCCCCCACUCCAUCCGGAUAGAGGGAGACAUCACCCUGGGGGGGCUCUUCCCCGUCCACGCCAAGGGACCCACCGGAGUGCCUUGCGGGGACAUCAAGAAAGAGAACGGCAUCCACCGGCUCGAGGCGAUGCUGUACGCGCUGGACCAGAUCAACAGCGACCCGGACCUGCUGCCCAACGUGACGCUCGGGGCUCGGAUCUUGGACACUUGUUCCAGGGACACCUAUGCCUUGGAGCAGUCGCUCACUUUUGUCCAGGCGCUGAUCCAGAAGGACACCUCCGAUGUGAGGUGCACCAAUGGGGAACCGCCGGUCUUUGUCAAGCCAGAGAAAGUGGUUGGAGUGAUUGGGGCAUCUGGAAGUUCAGUGUCCAUUAUGGUAGCGAACAUCUUAAGGCUUUUCCAGAUUCCCCAGAUCAGUUAUGCCUCAACUGCACCAGAGUUAAGUGAUGACAGGCGCUACGAUUUCUUCUCACGAGUGGUCCCUCCAGAUUCCUUCCAAGCACAGGCAAUGGUUGACAUUGUAAAAGCUUUGGGGUGGAAUUAUGUGUCAACGUUGGCAUCUGAAGGAAAUUAUGGAGAAAAAGGCGUGGAGUCCUUCAUGCAGAUUUCCAGAGAGGCAGGUGGGCUCUGCAUUGCCCAGUCACUGAAAAUUCCCCAGGAUCGCAAAGAGAAGACCAUUGACUUCGAUAAAAUUAUCAAGCAGCUCCUAGACACUCCCAAUGCCAGGGCCAUUGUUAUUUUUGCCAACGAUGAGGAUAUAAAGCAGAUCCUUGCAGCUGCAAAACGGGCUGAUCAUGUCGGUCAUUUUCUGUGGGUGGGAUCAGACACUUGGGGCUCCAAAAUAAAUCCACUAAUUCAGCAAGAAGACAUUGCUGAGGGAGCAAUCACCAUUCUGCCUAAGAGAGCAACCAUAGAAGGGUUUGAUACCUACUUUACCUCGCGCACCCUGGAGAACAACCGAAGAAAUGUGUGGUUUGCAGAGUAUUGGGAGGAGAACUUCAAUUGCAAGUUAACGAUUAGCGGAUCAAAAAAGGAAGACACAGACCGUAAAUGCACAGGGCAGGAGAGAAUUGGAAAAGAUUCCCAUUAUGAACAAGAGGGGAAAGUUCAGUUUGUGAUUGAUGCUGUGUAUGCCAUGGCUCAUGCCCUCCAUCAUAUGAACAAGGAUCUUUGUGCUGAUUAUGCUGGAAUCUGUCCGGAGAUGGAACAAGCAGGAGGCAAGAAAUUGCUGAAGUAUAUACGCAAUGUUAACUUUAACGGCAGUGCUGGCACUCCAGUGAUGUUUAAUAAAAACGGUGAUGCACCAGGGCGCUAUGACAUCUUUCAGUAUCACACAACAAACACCACCACUCCAGGCUACCACCUGAUUGGCCAGUGGACAGAUGACCUGCAGCUCAGCAUUGAAGACAUGCAAUGGGGUAAAGGAAUACGUGAGAUCCCAUCCUCUGUCUGCAGUCUGCCUUGUAAACCAGGUGAAAGGAAGAAGAUGGUUAAAGGGAUGCCAUGCUGUUGGCACUGUGAGCUCUGUGAUGGGUACCAAUACCAAGCUGAUGAGUUGACAUGUUUGCUCUGCUCAUAUAAUGAGCGACCUAAUGAGAACCGCACUGGAUGCCGCCCUAUACCCAUUGUGAAAUUGGAAUGGCACUCUCCAUGGGCCGUCAUACCAGUCUUCUUGGCUAUGCUUGGAAUUAUUGCCACCAUUUUUGUAAUGGCGACCUUCAUUAGAUAUAAUGACACUCCCAUUGUCCGGGCUUCUGGAAGGGAACUCAGCUAUGUCCUGUUGACUGGAAUAUUUCUUUGUUAUAUAAUUACUUUCCUGAUGAUUGCCAAACCAGAUGUUGCAGUGUGCUCCUUCCGACGUAUCUUCUUGGGCUUGGGGAUGUGCAUCAGUUAUGCAGCCCUUUUAACUAAAACAAACCGCAUCUACCGCAUAUUUGAACAGGGCAAAAAGUCAGUGACAGCACCUCGGCUUAUAAGCCCGACAUCACAGCUGGCGAUUACUUCAAGUUUAAUAUCAGUUCAGCUUCUAGGGGUUUUCAUUUGGUUUGCAGUUGACCCACCCAACAUUAUCAUAGAUUAUGAUGAGCAGAAAACUAUGGACCCUGACCAAGCCAGAGGAGUUCUCAAAUGUGACAUUACGGAUCUACAAAUCAUUUGCUCCUUGGGUUAUAGCAUUCUCCUAAUGGUUACAUGUACUGUGUAUGCCAUCAAGACUCGGGGUGUCCCAGAGAAUUUUAAUGAAGCUAAACCCAUUGGAUUCACUAUGUAUACUACCUGUAUAGUAUGGCUUGCCUUCAUUCCAAUAUUUUUUGGUACUGCACAGUCAGCUGAAAAGCUCUACAUACAAACUACCACACUUACAAUAUCCAUGAACUUAAGUGCUUCAGUGGCCCUGGGGAUGCUUUACAUGCCGAAAGUGUACAUCAUCAUCUUCCAUCCUGAACUAAAUGUCCAGAAACGGAAACGCAGCUUCAAGGCCGUAGUGACGGCAGCGACCAUGUCAUCACGGCUUUCGCACAAAGCAAGCGACAGACCCAAUGGGGAAGCAAAAACAGAACUUUGUGAAAAUGUAGACCCAAACAGCCCUGCUGCGAAAAAGAAGUAUGUCAGUUAUAAUAGCCUGGUUAUCUAGUCCGUUUCUUCAGACAGAGUUGAGGAAGGAUGAAGAUUUUCAUCCAUUCAGUCACCCAAACUGCCAUAGGCCUCUUUCUGACCUGCAGUGUUUCCACCGCUGGAGAAGUUUAAAGGCCAGGCAGUUAAUAUGGGGACCAAUGUAAGAGGACCAAGCAUUCUGAACAGCUGCUAUAUGAAAUAUCCUUAAUUAUUCUUGGCUUAAUAAGUCACUGGCACUGUCCUUGGGCUGUGACCUUGGACCUUCUCUAUGUAUGGGAAGUAUGAAAACUGAGUACCCAGCUCCAGCCAUGAAUACCCAGCUCUUUAUGGGUGAACUGCAUUUAGUGACAAUGACUUUACAGGGGCUAAUUCUGUCUUUAUAUGUACUUCCAGACUGCAAGUUUUUGAAAUUUCUGUACAGUUUGUGAGGAAUUUUGCAUAUUUCCAUCCAUGUUGUUUCAAAAAUUCACUGUUUGUUUUGAAUGCACAGUUGCAUUGAAGACCUAUUCUCUCAGAUGUUAGCACAUUUAAAAACAAAUCUCUGAGGAUUUAAAAGAACUAUGUACAUGAUUUGUAUAAUGAUUAUUGUGUCACUGCAAUCCAUAUGUUUGUUUUUGUUUUUGUUUUAAUUCAACAACAACAACAACAACAACAAGUUAUUUAAAGACCAAAAACUGUGCUGGCGAAGUGAGCCCCUGCCUUUCAUAAGUAUGAUGGGCUACAGAGGAAGCAAAAAGGAUAUUGCUUGGUUUUAAUAGAGGUCUUGAUGUGUGGAAUGCAUGCCAGUAAUGUAUUUUACAGUACAUGUUAAUAAUUUGUUUGAUAUUUGUAUUUGUGUUCUAUUUUGUUAUUUUAGUUACGAUAUAUGACUAUUUUGCAAUAAUUUCAAUUAUUCUUACAAUAUUUGGAAGAAGGAAUAUGGCUUCUACAUGUCUUAAGGUUUUUCUUGUUGAUGCCCACCAUGAUUGACCAGUGUGAUGAGGACUUCAAAAAUAAAAAAAAAAAGCAUGUAUGUUUUAUACUGUUUGUAAUAAGUAAUUUCGUUAAUCUUGCUGCUUAUGUGCCAAUUAGUGAAAACAAUCUUUCCUGCAAACUCCUCCCCCUUUUCCUCUCUCUUGAUUCUGUGAUAUUGUCGAAGAAUGUAUCAAUAAAAGGUUUUGGUUAACUUUUUUUUAUUUAUGGCAAUAAAU